UACGUAUGUAUUCAAUUCCAUCCUCCUUUUUUCUCCUCCCUCUCUCUCUCUCUUGUUCGCUAUAUCAUCAAACCCCUCCCUCUUUUCAAUUAUAACCGACUUUCUCUUUCUCUUUCUCUCUCCAUAGGUUGUCUUGAAUCGAAGAUGGAGGUAUAGAAAUAUGAUCCUAGCUGUUCUGCUGUGUCAUGGGUUUCUCAAUAGGUGCAGAGCAGGAAACUAAGCUCAUCGGCAGUUUCAUGGCGGCUACUCAUAAUAAAACGGCUGCGAUUCACACAAGUCAUCAACUGCUCGAUCAUCAUCAUCAUCAUCAUCAUCAUCAACUGCAGGAGGAAUUACAAGAUCAUGAUCAACAGAUUUCCUAUCAAAUGAUGCAAUCAUCGCCGUCGAACUCCAUCGACCCAGGAAACUUCAUAAGCAAAGAGAGUGCUGGAACAUAUGAUUUGGGAGAAUUGGAUCAAGCGCUUUUUCUCUACCUGGAUGGCCAACAAGACCACUCCACUACUACUUCUGCCCAAGACCAGAGACAGAAUUCUGGAAUGAGACCUCUGACUUUGAACAUUUUCCCCUCUCAACCUAUGCACGUUGAACCACCUUCCACCAAGGGUACUGGAUUAGUUCCUCCAGCGGCAACAACUGGUGGUUCCAAGAGAGCAUCAGAGCCGUCCAUGAACGCUAGAAAUGAUCAUCGUCAUGCCACAUCUGGAGCUGCUCAUGAAGCACCUAGAUCUGCAGCCAAGCGUGAAGGGAACCGGAAAGGUCCUACGUCGAGUUCAGAGCAGGAAGGACCCAAAACACCAGACCCUAAGACAUUAAGAAGGCUUGCUCAGAAUAGAGAGGCAGCAAGAAAAAGCCGGCUCAGGAAGAAGGCUUAUGUUCAACAACUAGAGUCAAGUAGGAUUAAACUUACCCAACUAGAGCAGGAGCUACAAAGAGCCAGAUCUCAAGGGAUGUUUUUUGGUGGAGCACUAAUGGGAGGAGACCAAGGACUUCCUGCUGGCAUGAACAAUAUUAGCUCAGAUGCUGCCGUAUUUGACAUAGAGUACGGGAGAUGGGUGGAGGAGCACCACCGUCUCACGUGCGAGUUACGUGCAGCAGUACAAGAACAUCUACCGGAGAACGAGCUCCGGCUGUUUGUGGACAAUGUGUUAGCACACUAUGACGAGGUUAUGAACCUUAAAUCCAUGGUUGCCAAAACUGAUAUCUUUCAUUUGGUUUCCGGCACCUGGAAGACUCCCGCCGAGCGUUGCUUCCUUUGGUUGGGUGGAUUCCGGCCAUCGGAGCUUAUCAAGAUAAUACUGAAUCAAAUAGAGCCAUUAACGGAGCAACAAAUAAUGGGUAUAUGUGGAUUGCAACAAUCAACACAGGAAGGUGAGGAAGCACUCUCACAAGGGCUUCAAGCACUAAAUCAAUCUCUCUCCGACACCAUUACUUCUGAUUCAUUGAGUUGUUCUCCUAACAUGGCAAACUACAUGGGACAGAUGGCUAUCGCCAUGAACAAGCUUUCUACACUAGAAGGUUUUGUUAGACAGGCAGAUAAUCUGAGGCAUCAGACCAUUCACCGGCUGCAUCAACUUCUGACGACGCGUCAAGCCGCACGGUGUUUGCUGGCGAUCGCCGAGUACUGCCACCGACUUCGAGCCCUCAGCUCUCUCUGGUUGUCUCGCCCAAGAUGAUAACAAUGAUAGAAAUCAAACAAUAAUUACUGAAACCUAGCUAGCUAGAUUUUGCUCUCUACGUACAGUGCCCUUCAAACUAUUAUCGUGUACUUUCUCUUUGAUUAAUCAAUUCUCUCUCUUUCUUAGGCACACGGAUGUAUAGACUAUAGAUAGACAAAUUACAGUUUUAAAUUGGAAUCACUCAGAAAAUUCCCCCCCC